AUGUAUGUACAAUUAUAUAAUUUAUUUGUAUCACUGAUAUUUAAUUAUUUAUUCGCUUCUUUUGUUUACAAAAUGGCCGACUCUUGUCGACCCGUUAGUCGCCAUGGAAGAUACAACGCUACGGGACCAUCUAGUGUGCAGUACACAGGCGAUGUAUCGUCGUAUGGAAACGUAGAUUUCACUCCAUCUGAAGAUAUGUAUACAGUCAACCAACCACAGAGACCGGAAAGACCCAAAACUGGACGUGGACGCCGGCGAAUGGAAAUUCCACCUCGGCCUGAGUCACGAAGAGGAGGUGAAGGUCAUCAGAGGCCAGAUCCAGAUGAAGAAUCCUCAGGAAGACCAAUUUCUAGAGUUGGCUUUUCGCCAGAUCAGUCAUACAGAUACUCCCAUGAUGAAUUUUCUAGACAAGUUUCCUCUGAUAAUGAGAAACAGAUACUUAACUCCCCUUGUAGCUCUCCGGAGAUCCUGUACCAAGACGAGCAAUACUUUGCCAACCAAAAAACUCACACAGUCAAUCAGAUGGAAAGGUAUAGCCCGGAAGAACAGGCUCAUGUUGAUAGACUCAUAUUAAGUCCAAGCUCACCACAAAAUGGCACUGGAAAGAGUCCAAGAAAACAUCGAAAAAGUCCGCAAAUGUAUAGACAGAGCCCACAUGGAUAUAGACAGAGUCCUAAAGGCUAUAGAAAAAGUCCACAGGGGUACAGAAAUAGUCCUGAUGGGACUGAAUCUAGUCCCCAGCAUGACUCCCAUGCAAUGAGGCCGUCAUCAAGAGAGUAUCUUAAUGUAAGUCCUCUACACAGAGAUGAGGCUCAAAUUGGGGAACAAGAUUUGCAUCAUGGUUUCAGGCAACAUAUGACAGAGGAUCCAUAUGUACAUGAAGGGGAUUCUUAUCAGCAAAGAUUUUCAGAGAGCCCCCAUUACAGAAAUAGCCCUUACAGGGAAAGCCCACAGUAUAGAGAAAGUCCACAUUAUCGUGAAAGCCCAUCCUAUGCUAGAGAAAGCCCUUACUACAAUGCAAGUCCUAGCCAUGGUGGCUAUGGUGGUUAUACAGGUUCGCCAGAUACUCGGCCACCACCAGCUCCACGACCAAAAUCUUCACGGCCAAAAACUGGUAGAAAGAAAAGUGCGAGAGUAAGACAUCAGCCAAGAUAUGAGGAACAGGAGACCUCGUUACCACAACAGUGUGAUCCUUCAUCCAUACUUAACUCAGGUGAUCCCUAUGGAAGACCCUCUUCGUCCUUGUCCCCAUAUAAACCUCUACCAGCAAUAGGGGUUGCGACCCCGAGGUCACCAGAGAAACCUGACAAGGAAAGCAAAGGUCAAAGUUCACCAGGAGAAUCUGCUUCGAGAAAAGUCGAAAACGUUACAGUAGAAACUAAAAGGUUAAUGUUGGAAGAGUCAGCUCAGUUUCACCCAGUGGAUGAAAACUGUGACAUGUUCUCCGUUGAGGAUAUUCAAGGUGCUAGUAACGAGAACUUAGGAAAUUUUACGGGUCAAGGAAUUCCGAGUGUGGACAUGCUAACAAACUUUCCACAGCAUUUGUCAGAUGAGAUUUAUAAAUCUAGUGUGCUAAACUUUGAAAAACAAAUGAGUGGUGCAGAAGAAACAAAUGAGAUAAAGAAUUCUGAUGAAGACAGGGAUCAGGAAAAUUUGAAUACAAAUGAAAAUUAUAUAGACAGUGGAUCUGGGGCUGUUAAGCCUUUAGACUUUUUGCAUGAAAUUCCAGAGGAGCCCAAAGAAGGAGAAGCAAGGCUGUUGUUGGCUAUUAAACUACCUGAUGGUAAGAGAAUACAGAGAUAUUUUAGUCCCCAUGACAAACUUGAAACUGUGAUGCAUUUUGCGGAAAAUACCAGUCUUGUUAAUUACGAGAAUUACCAGAUUUUAUGUAAUGCCCCGCGUACAACAUUUGUUGAUCUCAACAAAACAAUCAUGGAAACUGAACUUAAAGAUAGAACUGUUUUAUAUCUAGAAGAAAGAGAUUGAAAAACAAUGUGUGACAGUAAAUUUUAGGUCAGUCAGUCACUUAGUUCUGAACUUUACGUACAUGUAUCUUAUGUAUGUACCAUGUACAUGAUGUAAUUGUUGUUCUAGACAUAUAAACAAACGGUACAUUAACAGUUACAAAUAUAAAUUGGUCAGAGGAACACUGUGCUGAAGGCUGAGGGCUUACAUAGAGCUUGUUUGUGACUUGCUGCACAAUGCGUCAUACAGGAUUACAUAUAUCUUAAAAUUUACAUUAGUGAUAUUUAUUAGAUUUAAGGGAUGCUACAUCUACAUUUUGAUUAAAAGUAAAAGCAAAUUUUGUAGUGUAAACUUCAUGCAUGUGGCACACUUUGUGACUUAAAAGCUUCUCUCACAAUGUGUCCCCUUGAAUUAAAAGCAAUUUUAGAAUGCAUGCAUUAAUGAAAGUUGAGGUUUAUUUUAUUAUAUAUCAAGUAAGUAAAUUUUAUAACCUAACUGCUUAUUACAAUUCUAUUACAAUUUACCAGAUCAGAAAUUAUAUUUAAUUAUUUGACAUAAGUUGUUACUUGUUAAGUUGAUGGAUUGAAGUGAUGUUUUCACUGGGCAGUGAAAGUAGUUGGCCAGUAAAAAUGAUACAUAAUUAUAAUCAAUUGAGUUAUAUUCAAUUUUUGUUGCUCUGGAGAAAAUGAUUAUUUUUGGCAUUAAUAUUUUGAUGAAGUCUAAGACAAAUGAAACCACAUUUGAGCCGCGUCUCGACAAAACCAACAUAAUGGGUUUGCGACCAGCAUGGAUCCAGACCAGCCUGCGCAUCAGGGCAGUCUGAUCGGGAUCCAUGCUGUUGGCUAUCAGUUGCUCUACUUGUUAUAGGGUUGGUAAGCGAACAGCAUGGAUCCUGAUCAGACUGCGUGGAUGCACAGGCUGGUCUGGAUCCUUGCUGGUCGCAAACCCAUUAUAUUGGUUUUGUCGUGACGCGGCUCAUUCAUGUUAUUAGAUACAUUUGCCCAUUAAAUGUUACAGGUGACUUUAGGUGCUUUUACAUGUACCAGUUCAUGUGUAAUGAGUCGUAAUGAAACUGUAAUACCCUAGCUAAUAUAUGUUGUACACUUGUGACUUUCCCCUUUUAUUUUUGAUGAAUCUUAAAUUUCUCUGUUAGUUUUGUUGUCAUUGAAGUAUAAGAAAAGGAGUAUUUUUUUGUAUAUCAGUCCUUUAUCAGCAUAAGACAAUUUUUAUGCCCCCUCUCCACCCCACCAGAAAGGGCAGUUUAUAUAGUUUUUUUCAAGUGUCCAUCCUGAAGUCCCUAUGUCCGAACUUUGUCCGCUCAAUAAAUUUGUCAUUUAUGAAUCAAUUUUAGAGUAAUUUUGUUUAAAUGUACCAUGUGCAACAUCUAGGUCUGAAGCUUAAAGGUCAAGGUCACACUCUUAUUUCAAAGAAAAUUUUUGAUAAAUAUUCACUGAUACUAGUAUCUGAUCAACAAUUUUGUUGUUUAAUUUUGGAUGGUUUUAAGAAUUAUUAUGCAUAAAUGUGUUAGACAUAAUAACAUGCAGAGCGCAUGAAUUUAGCCCCUUCCUUAAAGGUCAAGGUCACACUUAUAGAUCAGAAGUCAUGAUAUGAAUUUUUUCAUUAAAGUGCAUUAAUGUUUGUGUCUGGUCAACAAUUCCGCCAUUCCUCAAUGGAUUUUAAAAUAAUUUGGCAUAAAUGUGUAAGACAUGAUGAUGAAGUGUCGCAAAUACAGGGGUCAAGUAUUUAGUUCAAAGGUCAAGGUCACACUUGUAUGACAAACUUGACAAUUGUGAAUAGAUUGGUUUUUUUUGUGCAUAGUUUUGUCAUUCAUGGAUAUAUAUAUAUAAAUGAAAUAUUAAUGAAUAAAUAUGCUGCUUACUAAGAUGAUAAUUAUGAAAUGAGCAAAAUUAAGCCAUGCAGCUCAAAGGUCAAGUUCUUACUUGAAUGUCAAAAGUCAUGAUAUGACAGUGCAUUGAUAAUCAUGUCCAGUCCAUGUCUUUUUGUCAUUCAGCAACAAAUUUUUUAUUAACUUGGUUUAAAGAUAUGGUUCUUAAAAUAAAACAAUUUGUGAUGAGUUUGUAGCUCAAAGAUCAAGGUCACGCUAGGACUGUUAAGGUUUAUUAGUUUCUGUACAUUGUCAACCGGUUAUAUCCAGUCAUCAAUUCUGUCAUCCAUGAAUAGAUUUUGAAAUAAUUAGUAAUACUUUUGUGCCACAUUAGGGAAACUUGUCACAUUCAAAGGCCAGUUCAACAUUUUAAAAGAUGAUGGUUAUACAAUGUCAAAAUACAUGUACUACAUUGAUGGUUGUGUGUCAAGUUAAAUUUUUGUCAUUCAUUUACAGAUUUUUUUUUAUAUAAUUAUAGGGCAAACUGAUAACAUGACAAAAUGUUUAUUUAUGCUUCUAUGUUAAUGAAACACUCUUUAUAUAGUAAGCUUUAAUGCAAGCCAAGGUUCAUCUACUUGGAAUAGCUUUCGGUGGAGAGGGGGUGUGAGCAUUUGGGCAUUUGUCUAUUUCCAACAACAGUUCUUGUGGUUUUCUUUUUUUUAUAAAUUGCUUCAUACUUAUUGAAGAAACAAUGUGUUUGUGUAUGAAUAAUAUCUUUAUUGUACAUUUCUGAGAAAUGUUUUAGUUUACAUGGAGUGAUAACUAAAUACAAAUUAUUUAUUCCUAUUUAAGAUCAUCUGUUUUGUUCACACAUCAUUGUCAUAAAAUACAAUGAACCAACAAAUUUUAAUUUAUUUUGUAUUUUUAAAUGAUUAUGGUGAGACUGAUAUGACUUAUAUUUCACUGAUGGAAUACGAAAUUUCUUAACAUUUACUAGAGUAUCUUUCAUUAUCAGAAUUUGCUUCUGAAAAAGCUUUUUUAGGAUGGCUUUUUUGGUUAAUAGAACUCAAUCCUAUGAUUCUGUGAAAUCAUAUAGUGCUGGUUAUUACAACGAAAAUUAUUGUUUUGUUUGUUAUGCCAUAGUUGUAAUAGUUAUAUUUUUAUUAGUGCUAGAUACUUCAAGCCAUGACCUUCUUUCACUUUAUUAACACAUAGGAAUAACUUGUAACAUAGAGAUUUCUGAUAAAGUGUUUUACUUUUAUGAUCAAAUGAAGUAAUAAGUUGUUUAAGACCAAAUGUAGUUAUAACAUUUACUGUACUGAAUGAUGUUUGAACAUUUUUAAGACCAAAUGUAGUUAUAACAUUUACUGUACUGAAUGAUGUUUGAACAUUUUUAAGUCCAAAUGUAGUUUU